GCCGCCUGGCGGGGACGCGGGCGCAGCGGGCCGGCGCCGGGAUGGCUCUGUCGGCGGCCGACCGCGCGCUAGUGCGCGCCCUCUGGAAGAAGCUGGGCAGCAACGUCGGCGUCUACGCGGCCGAGGCCCUGGAGAGGACCUUCCUGGCCUUCCCGUCCACCAAGACCUACUUCGCCCACCUGGACCUGAGCCCCGGCUCCGCCCAGCUCAAAGCCCACGGCCAGAAGGUGGCGGACGCGCUGACCCUCGCCGUGGAGCAGCUGGACGGCCCGCCCGGCGCCCUGGCGGCUCUGAGCGACCUGCACGCGCACAGGCUGCGCGUGGACCCGGCCAGCUUCCAGCUCCUGGCCCACUGUCUGCUGGUGACCCUCGCCCGCCACUUCCCCGGAGACUUCAGCCCGGCCCUGCACGCUUCGCUGGACAAGUUUCUGAGCCACGUGAUCUCGGCACUGGCCUCCGGAUACCGCUAAAGGGGGGUGGGUGGUCGCGGGACGCCCCGGUCGCCCCCUUCCCGGAGGCCCCAGUGUUUCAGUAAAGCCCCCAGG